AUGACCGAGGCUCUACAAAUGCUAGCGUACGGGUCAGCCGCAGAUCAGUGUAUUGAAAUUACAAGGAUGGGGGAAUCGACUACCCUGGAAUGUAUGGAGGAGUUUUGCAGCCAAGUGGUUCAUCUCUCUGGUCCAAGAUACCUCCGCAGUCCAACACCGGCAGACCUCACGCGACUACUAGCUAAAGGCGAACGCCGAGGUUUUCCAGGUAUGAUUGGAAGCAUCGACUGCAUGCAUUGGGAGUGGAAGAACUGCCCAACCGCCUAUCAAGGGGCAUACUCAGGGCGAAAGGGUCGCCCAACGGUUAUCCUAGAGGCAGUGGCCUCGUAUGAUAAGUGGAUAUGGCACAGAUUUUUUGGGUGUCCUGGAGCUAAAAAUGACAUUAAUGUGCUCCACUUAUCGAAUGUGUUCUCAGAGAUCCUUGCCAGAAGAGGCCCAACUAUCGUCUACGAAGUCCAUGGACAGAGGUACACCACAAAUUAUUAUCUGGCUGACGAAAUAUAUCCAAGGGUAAUUGAGAUGCCUAUCCUAUCUGUUGGAGAACAGUUGCACGUUCAGUUGGAGUUUAUGCCAGAAACAUGUCCACCAAACCAAGUGUGA